UGCACGUACAAGACGAAGUGACGGCACGCCGAAACUAAAACGCGGAGAGCGUUGAGGUACAAACAUUUAAUGUCGCAUUUCCGUACUGUUUUUCUACAGUGAACAUCUUGAUUAGUGAGUGAUUAAAUUCAGCUCAGUGUUUUUCGAGUGUAUAGUUUGUUGCGAUACUAGAGAAUGGCAUCCGAUGAAGAGGUAGAUGAAAGCUACGCGGGAGAAGAUGAUUUAGAUGAAACUGGAGGUCAAGUUUCAAAUGUUAAUCAACAAGUGGAUGGUUCAUCUGAUGCAGAGGAAUCUCAAAGACUAGAAGAAGAUGAUGAUUAUGAACCAGAGGAAAGAAAAAAAAAGAAAGGGAAAAAACGAAAAGCACGUAGUGAAGAUAAGAAGGGCAAGAAAAAAAAGAAAAAGAAAAAAUCUGAUUCUGGAGAUGAAAGUGAUUUUGGAGGUGGUGAAACUGGUGAUAUAGCUGGAGAUGAUAGUGACUAUGCAGGAAAUAGAAAAAGUAGAAAGUCUUCUUCCAGGAAAUCAUCUAGUCAUAAUGCAUCAGCUCCACCUAGCCAAGAACCUACAACUGGAAUGCCUACAAUUGAAGAAGUCUGUAACACAUUUGGAUUGACAGAUGUACAAAUUGAAUAUACUGAUGCAGACUUCCAGAAUUUAACUACCUAUAAAUUAUUUCAACAACAUGUUAGACCACUUCUAGCAAAGGAGAAUCCAAAAGUUCCAAUGUCAAAGCUUAUGAUGUUAGUAGCUGCUAAAUGGCGUGAUUUUUCUGAAUUAAAUCCUCAUACGCAACCAGAUACAGAUGUGUCAUCAGCAAAUGUGGAUGAAGAUAGUAGAAAUGCAAGAGCAAAUCGUAGUGGUACAGUCCAGGAAGGUGAAGAUGAAGAAGAAGAUGAUGAAGAUAGCGAUAGAAAACGAAAAUCACGAGGAUCUAGAGCAAAAAAAGGAAAAAAAGCUUCUAAAGUACCAACACUUAAAAUCAAACUUGGAAAACGUAAACGGGGAAGUUCGGAUGAAGAAGCAGAAGGUAGUGGUGUUGGUACUGACAGAGAUUCAGACAUGGAAUUUGAGCAGAUGUUAGCAGAUGCAGAGGAACCUGUUGGUGCAGAUGGGACAAAUAAAGGAAAUACAGAAGAAAGCGGAAUUGAACCACCGGCAGAACCACCUGUUCGCAGGAAGGCAAAAACCAAAAUCGGAAAUAAAACUAAAAAGAAGAAGAAAACAAAAACUACAUCAAAGUUUCCAGAUGGAGAAGAAGGUCUUCAGACUGAUCAUCAAGAUUAUUGCGAAGUAUGUCAACAAGGUGGAGAAAUUAUUCUUUGUGACACAUGUCCUAGAGCUUAUCACUUGGUAUGUUUAGAACCUGAAUUAGAAGAAACCCCUGAAGGAAAAUGGAGUUGUCCUCACUGUGAAGGAGAAGGUAUUGCAGGUGCAGCAGAAGAUGAUGAUGAGCAUAUGGAAUUUUGUAGAAUAUGUAAAGAUGGUGGUGAAUUACUAUGUUGUGAUAGCUGUACUAGUGCUUAUCAUACACAUUGUUUGAAUCCACCACUUUCAGAAAUUCCUGAUGGUGAUUGGAAGUGUCCUAGAUGUUCUUGUCCACCUAUACGUGGAAAAGUUGCAAAGAUCUUAACAUGGAGAUGGAAGGAUUGCCCAGAAACACCUUCUGAAGAACCUUCAACGAGUAAAGCUACUCCCAAACAACGUAGAAUGCGCGAAUUCUUUGUGAAAUGGGCAGAUAUGUCCUAUUGGCAUUGUGAUUGGAUUACAGAAUUACAGCUUGAUGUUUUCCAUCCUCUUAUGUUUAGAAAUUAUUCACGAAAAUAUGAUAUGGACGAACCACCAAAAUUGGAAGAACCAUUGGAUGAAAGCGAUUCUCGUGUAAAACGAUUGAAAGAACAGGACGGUGCUACUAAUAGAGAUGAAUAUAAUUUAGAAGAACGAUUUUAUCGUUAUGGAGUUCGUCCAGAAUGGCUUGUAGUACAUAGAGUAAUCAAUCAUAGACUUUCAAGAGAUGGUAGAGCAACAUAUCUUGUUAAAUGGAGAGAAUUAGGAUAUGAUCAGGCAACGUGGGAAGACGAGCAUGAAGAUAUUCCUGGAUUAAAACAGGCUAUUGAAUAUUAUUUGGAUCUCAGAGCAGCAAAUUGUUGUGAUGGUAGUUCUUCACGCAAGGGCAAGAAGGGUGAGAAGAGUAAAGGCAAGAAAUCGAAGACUCGUGAACUUAUUGAUGACGAAGAAAGAACGCCCAAAAGAUACACUCCUCCACCUGAUAAACCUACUACAGAUCUCAAGAAAAAAUAUGAACGACAGCCAGAAUAUUUAGAUCAGACUGGAAUGCAAUUACAUCCUUAUCAGCUAGAAGGUUUAAAUUGGUUAAGAUAUUCAUGGGGCCAAGGCAUAGACACUAUUUUAGCAGACGAAAUGGGUCUGGGAAAAACUAUUCAAACUAUUACAUUUCUCUAUUCUUUGUACAAAGAAGGACAUUGUAAAGGACCAUUUCUGGUAUCUGUUCCCCUAUCAACUAUCAUUAAUUGGGAACGUGAAUUUGAAACUUGGGCACCUGAUUUUUAUUGUGUUACUUAUGUUGGUGACAAAGAUAGUCGUAUUGUAAUUCGAGAGAAUGAAUUGUCAUUUGAAGAGGGUGCUGUUCGUGGAGGUCGAGCAUCAAAGAUUCGAUCGAAUCAAAUUAAAUUUAAUGUACUCCUUACAAGUUAUGAACUGAUUUCAAUUGAUUCUGCAUGUUUAGGAUCAAUAGAUUGGGCCGUGUUAGUAGUAGACGAAGCGCAUAGGCUCAAAUCUAACCAAUCAAAGUUUUUUAGAUUAUUAGCAUCUUACAAUAUUGCAUAUAAAUUAUUAUUAACUGGAACUCCUUUACAAAACAAUCUGGAAGAAUUGUUUCAUCUAUUGAAUUUUCUAUGUCGUGAUAAAUUUAAUGAUUUAGCUGCGUUUCAAAAUGAAUUCGCUGAUAUUUCGAAAGAAGAACAAGUAAAGAAAUUACAUGAAUUACUUGGGCCACAUAUGUUAAGAAGAUUAAAGGCUGAUGUGCUAAAGAAUAUGCCAAGUAAAUCGGAAUUCAUUGUCCGCGUCGAAUUAUCUCCUAUGCAAAAGAAAUAUUAUAAAUAUAUAUUAACAAGAAAUUUCGAAGCAUUAAAUCCUAAAGGAGGAGGUCAACAAGUAUCGUUAUUGAAUAUUAUGAUGGAUUUAAAAAAAUGUUGCAAUCAUCCUUACUUAUUCCCAGCUGCGUCUCAAGAAGCACCAACCGCACCAAAUGGAAGUUACGAAACAUCUGCAUUAAUUAAAGCAGCAGGAAAACUCGUUCUAUUGAGUAAAAUGUUAAAGAAAUUAAGAGAUGACGGACAUAGGGUAUUAAUCUUUUCUCAAAUGACAAAAAUGUUGGAUAUUCUCGAAGAUUAUUUAGAAGGAGAAGGUUAUAAAUAUGAAAGAAUAGAUGGUAAUAUUACUGGCGCUCAACGACAAGAAGCUAUCGAUAGAUUUAAUGCACCUGGUGCACAACAAUUUGUGUUUCUUCUUUCUACUCGUGCCGGUGGUUUGGGUAUAAACUUGGCUACCGCUGACACUGUAAUUAUUUAUGAUUCUGAUUGGAAUCCUCAUAAUGAUAUUCAAGCAUUCAGUAGAGCUCAUAGAAUUGGCCAAGCUAACAAAGUCAUGAUCUAUAGAUUCGUAACUCGUAAUUCUGUCGAGGAACGAGUUACACAAGUGGCAAAACGUAAAAUGAUGUUAACGCAUUUAGUCGUAAGACCUGGCAUGGGCGGAAAAGGUGCAAAUUUCAGUAAACAAGAACUUGAUGACAUUUUACGAUUUGGUACUGAGGAAUUGUUUAAAGAGGAAGAAGGUAAAGAAGAUGAAGCUAUUCAUUAUGAUGAUAAAGCUGUGGCUGAAUUAUUAGAUAGAAGCAAGGAAGGUAUUGAGCAAAAAGAAAACUGGGCUAAUGAAUAUUUAAGUUCAUUCAAAGUAGCAUCAUAUGUAACAAAAGAAGGCGAAACAGAAGAAGAAGCUGAUACUGAAAUUAUUAAACAGGAAGCUGAGAAUACUGAUCCAGCAUACUGGAUCAAAUUAUUAAGACAUCAUUACGAACAACAACAGGAAGAUAUAGCCAGAACACUUGGAAAAGGUAAACGAAUACGUAAACAAGUAAACUAUAAUGAUGGAGGAGUAACUGGAGAUCAAAGUACAAGAGACGAUCAACCUUGGCAGGAAAAUCUCUCUGAUUAUAAUAGCGAUUUCAGUGCUCCUAGUGAUGAUGAUAAAGAAGAUGACGAUUUUGAUGAAAAGGGUGAUGGAGAUUUAUUAUCUCGAAGAAGUAGAAGAAGAUUAGAAAGGAGAGACGAAAAAGAUCGACCUCUACCUCCAUUACUUGCUAGAGUUAAUGGAAAUAUUGAAGUAUUGGGCUUCAAUGCUAGGCAGAGAAAAGCAUUUCUAAAUGCGAUUAUGCGUUACGGUAUGCCACCACAAGACGCAUUUAAUUCUCAGUGGUUGGUGCGAGAUUUAAGAGGCAAAUCGGAAAAAAAUUUCAAAGCAUAUGUUUCUCUUUUUAUGCGGCAUCUCUGUGAACCUGGUGCAGAUAAUGCCGAAACGUUUGCAGACGGUGUUCCAAGAGAAGGUCUCAGUAGACAGCAUGUUCUAACAAGAAUUGGUGUAAUGUCUUUGAUAAGGAAAAAGGUACAAGAAUUUGAACACAUUAAUGGGUAUUAUUCAAUGCCUGAAAUGAUACGAAAGCCAGUAGAACCUGUAAAAGUAGAUGGUAGUGGAGAUGGAGCAACUGGAACUAGUAGUACUAGUGCAACACCAGCUACUUCUAAUGCUGCUAGUCCAAGUCCUGCUGCGACUCCAACUCCAACAGCCAUAUCUGGAACUACAAUUACUGAUACUAAUAAAUCUAAUUCUGAUAGUUCUGAAGUAAAAGAAUGCAAAGAAGAACAAAAGGAUAAAGAAAUUACGGAAACGAAAGAUAUGAAAGAAGAAUCGAAGGAUUCUAAAGAAGAAGAAGAAAAUAAUACAGAGAAAGAUAAAGAUAAAGAUGAUGUGAAAAAAGAGGAAAAAGAUGCAGAAUCAGAAACAAUGGAUAAAGAAAAGGAUAAAUUGGAUAUUAAAGAAGAAAAGUCAUUAACAAAACAUGACGAAAAAGUUGAAAAUAUUGAAAAUAAAACAAAGCAAGAUUCUGAAGAAGAUGUAGUUAUCGUUAAAGAUGAUGAAGAAGAAACUGAAAAACGAGAGGAGAAAGAUAAUAAAGAAAAAGAUAUAAAAGAUUGUGAUUCAGAAACGAUAAAACCUAAACGUAAAUUCAUGUUCAACAUAGCUGAUGGAGGUUUCACAGAAUUACAUACAUUAUGGUUAAAUGAAGAAAAAGCUGCGGUUCCUGGUCGUGAAUAUGAAAUCUGGCAUCGAAGACACGACUAUUGGUUAUUAGCUGGUAUUGUUACACAUGGCUAUGGUCGUUGGCAAGACAUUCAAAACGAUAUCAGGUUCGCAAUAAUUAAUGAACCAUUUAAAAUGGAUGUGGGCAAGGGUAACUUCUUAGAAAUAAAGAAUAAAUUUUUAGCUAGACGCUUUAAAUUGUUAGAACAAGCAUUAGUAAUAGAGGAACAAUUAAGAAGAGCUGCGUAUCUGAACUUAACACAAGAUCCUAAUCAUCCUGCAAUGAGCUUAAAUGCAAGAUUUGCCGAAGUUGAGUGCCUUGCAGAAUCACAUCAACAUCUCAGUAAAGAAAGCCUUGCAGGAAAUAAACCAGCGAAUGCUGUCUUGCAUAAAGUACUAAAUCAAUUAGAAGAAUUAUUAUCUGAUAUGAAAUCUGACGUAAGCCGUUUACCAGCUACUUUAGCUCGUAUUCCACCUGUUGCGCAAAGACUUCAAAUGUCAGAGAGAUCUAUAUUGAGUCGAUUAGCAGCUACUGCACCAGGCGGAAAUAAUUCUCAAUCGGGUCAAGCAGCAUUGUUAGCGCAACAGUUUCCAGCAGGUUUUUCUGGUGGACAAUUACCAGCUACAUUUGCUGGUGCAGCUAAUUUCGGAAAUUUUAGACCACAAUACUCAGUACCAGGUCAACCACCACAAGGAUUCACAGCUUGAAUAGUAAAUGAUUGAUAAACAGUGGCUCAAUUGAAAAUUCAUAAUGGCGCAUGUUAACACUAUGUUUUAAAGAUUGUGUGCGCUGCAUUAUUUUUUCGUAAAUUACGAUUUUUAGCUGAAUUUUAUUAAAAGAGGCGUUAAGAUAAAGAAGUAACAAAACAGACAUAGAUAUGCAGACACAUAUGUAAUAUUACAUCUAAAUUACAUUAUUUCUGUAUUUAUUAUGUGUACAUUCGGCGUUUAGCAUCAAGAUUAUCAUGUUUUUGUAUUUAUACAUAUACGGUCCUUGUAGAAAGUGGCAUAAAUUAUUUUCUUAAGCUAAUUAAGAGUGAUUUAUAUUUCUUCAUCGACCGGCGUGUGUAUUAUAUUGUAACGAUAAGUACAUUUUACUUAAUGCAAACAAAAAUAACAACUUAUUUAAGAAACGAGUACAGAUUACAGAGAUUUGCGCAGUUUAAAUUUAAGAUGCGCUAAUUGAUUCAUGCGGUUUAUCGUUCAGUAUAAUUUAUUCGCAAUUUUUUUUUGCAAUAAUAUUUUACUGACGGAUGCCAAAAAGACUUAAUUAGUCAAAAGCGUGUCCUUCGAUAUGUGUAUUUGUGAAUUCAGGGAUUUUAGUUCAGAUUGCAUAUAUAUUAAAUAUCAUCAUUGAUAUACCAUAAACGAUGAACAAUGGCAAUCAUUUUAGUUAAGACUGACAUUCACAUUCAUAUUAUAUUCGGGAAAGUUCAUUUCGUAUAUAAUUUUACAUGCUAUUGUAAUGCAUGGAUUCCCAUUUUUCAGAUUCUUCAUAUAUGCGCACUUUAAUUGUCAAAUUUUCAGUUUAAAAUAAAUAUUGUGUAAGUACUACGUCGAAAAAAACAGAAGCACAAAGUCUGUUUGAUACUUAAAUAUUAUAAUGCACAUGGUGAUAUGAUUCUGAUACGUAAUUCGAAUCUUUAGAGAUCGAUUAUUUUAUUGAAAAAAGUCACCAAUGACUAAAAAAAUGACCUAGGGAGAAAUUUGAUAAUAUCGUGAUCAUUUAAUAAAUAUACUUUGUAUAUACUUGUCCAAUUACAUUUUGAUGCAUUAUAUAUUAUACGCAUACACAUAUAUUAUAGCACUCUCGUAACAAGUAAGGUCGAAAGGCACGUCUCACAUCCCAUGCAUUAUAUUAGAGAAAAGAGAAGAGGGACGAUUAUAAAUAUAAUUAUAAAACACAGAAACAUUAAAAAAUCUUAAGUAAAUAUAUUGUUCCAUUUUUUCUACCCCAGGUUCGAGACGUGUUAGAGCAUUUCAAUUUAACUAAUCGAUCUGCCAAAUCCUUAUGUUGGCAUAUAAGUUUCUAAGAAUAAUUUAGGAUAUAGUUAAAAAAUUUUGAAUGAGUGUGUAAAGAGUAAGGGAAUGAAUGAAUAAAAAAUGAAUUGACAAAUCAUUGAAAAUCGUUUGUUGUAUGUAUUACUUCUGCUGGAAUAAAUUAAUAAUUAGAAACAA